UGAAGAGGGAGAGGAAGAAGGACAUUGAGAAGAAGAGAAAUAAAGAGGAGAUGAUGGAGGAUAGGAAGAAGAAAAUCAUAAAGGAGGAGAAGAAGCUGAACAAGAGUGAGGAGAUUGUUGGUGAAGUGAAGGAGGAGAGGAAGAAAGAAAAUGUGAGUGUGGAUGGUGGAUCUUCAAAACAUUGUCAUACUGUGCAAAACAAGUGUGCUGAAGAAAAUUUGAAAAAAGCUAAUAGUAAAUCUUGUGAAAACGACAAAGUUAGUGAAUUUUCAUUACCUGUACAUAAUAAUAGGACUCAGUUCAAGCAUGAUGAUAUUCUAGUGCCUUGGACUAAUAAAAAGGAGACUUUCUUUAGAUAUUAUCAUGUUUUCAAAGAGGGAGAAUUGGAGGAAUUGUGCUCGUUUGUGCCUGAAAUUAAGGUUGAAAAAGUCUAUUACGACCAAGGAAAUUGGUGCGUUGUUUUUGUAAAGUGUUGAAAAUAUAUAUUUAUUAAGAGAUGC